AUGUCAUCGGCUCCAAACGUUUACUCUGCCGAACCUGCUUUGCCAGUCCUCGCCGAUGGCUUACUCCAGCAUUCGGAAACAACAGAGACAAGCACUGCCCCAUACAAUGUCCACCCCAAAAGUGACUGGGACCUCAAAGCCGACUGGUCAAAGGGAAUUAAAUCGUUUGGACAAGGGGUAUUCCGUAAUGGGGUCGUGUUGGCCUUCUCCAGACUACAAGGGAGAAGCGACGAGAGCAAUGAGUACAUUGCACAAAUCCCACGAUAUCUUUUGAUCAAACAACUGCGGAAUACCACUCCAUCGCAUGAGUCAACCGCCUUCAUCAUCCACCCGGGCAGCUUCGAGGCCUUUGCUCCAAGAACAUUACUCAGGGAUCUUCAAUCAUCGUCUGGAACCCAGCCCGGACUUUCAAGAGAAGAGGCUAUUCAAAUACUUGACUCUGUGCAGCUCUUCCCUGUGCAUAGCUUCGUCAACGCCGCCCAAGCCAUCGGGAAGGUCUCCGAUGUCUUACAGGGAACGAAAGAAAACCAAGAGCAAUCCAGCGAGUCGAUCCUUCCAAGAAAGAAUCCUAUCAUUUUGAUCGUUGCAGGUCUCGAUUAUCUUACUGAAGGCGUAAUCCGGUCCUCGAAUCCGGCAAAAGGUGCAGCCUUUCUAACAGCCACGCUACGCGCGUUGACGAGAUUGUCCCGCGUCCAUGCUGAUCUGUCAAUCAUGCUUGUUAACACAAACGGCCUGGGAAAUUCAAAUCCAGGAUGGGAAAAGCACCCAAAGCCGACGGGUCUUCACGCCCAUGGAAAUGAGAGUGCAAGACAUCCUCUAGAAGAUGGUAUUCACUCCAUCUUUCAUUCGGACAUAUCCUCCCUCUUCCCUACUCUGCUCAUGAAAACGCUAGACCAAGGCAUUGAUACCCAUUUUUUACUCUCUGACGCGAAGGGGACACAAGUGAUCGAAGUAAUCAAAGAUCGGGCAGGUGAUGGUCUUGGAAAAUGGGGAAGAUGGGGGCAAUGA